AUGAAGAUUUAUUUAAGGUCGAUCGACUUGCUCCCAUGGCACGUCGCCGACGAGCAUCUAGUCGCCAUCCUUGUAGCUCCUAUACAUCCUCAGGUCGAUCUUCCGCAGGUACGGCGCGCCGUCCAGCCGUCCAUGCUCACCUUCACCAUCGCCACCGCCGCCUUCGCCUUGUCCGCUCUGUCGGCGAGCACAUUCUUCCUGAAAGACCUGACCGGCGGGCACCCAACUGCUUGCGCCCUGACAUGCCGAUCAUUGGACCCCGUACGUGGGCUCACUCUUUCCCCUCUCGCAAGAACAUCUCGAGCAAUAAAAGCCCGAGAGCGAGAGAGAAAAAAAUGCUCGUCCAUUUCCCCCAAGCUCCCGAAGCGAUUUCCAUUUCAACUGCGCCUCCUCUCUUCUUCGCAGCACGCACGUCGCCGUCACCACCACCGCUCGCCGUUCCUCAUGGCCGACCCCUCCAGAUCCUCCCCGACCGCGGCCGCCUCCGGCGACGCCCUCCUGGCGGCGGCGGCGGCGCCUGGCGAUGUGCCGGACGCGGCCCUCCCCGUGGCUGCCGAUCCGGAGGCGGAGUUCGGGUUCCGGCGGCCGGAGCUCGGGACGGAGAAGCUGGCCGGAACGGUGCAGUUCCACGAGCGCCACGUCUUCCUCUGCUACAAGAGCCCCGAGGUGUGGCCGUCCCACGUCGAGGCCGCGGAGUCUGACCGCCUCCCCCGCCUCCUUGCAGCCGCCAUCAAGACCCACAAGUCGGACUUGAAGAAGAAAACCAAAUUGACCAUUUGUGAAGGAGAGGAUGGUACUGAAUCAUCCAAUGGAGACGUGUUGAUCUUUCCAGAUAUGGUCAGAUACAGAGGGCUGACACACUUUGAUGUUGACAACUUUGUCCAAGAAGUGCUUGUGAAAGAUACUGAAUGGCUUCCUGGAUCACCUGAGGCUAUAAGAGGUUCCUAUGUUUUUGUUUGCUGCCAUGGGAGCAGGGAUAAGAGGUGUGGUGUCUGUGGACCUGCUUUGAUUAAGAGGUUCAAGGACGAGAUAAGUGGACAAGGCCUUGCUGAUCAGGUGUCUGUCAGUGCAUGCUCACAUGUGGGAGGUCAUAAGUAUGCAGGAAAUGUAAUUGUUUUCAGUGCAGAUGCCAAGGGAGAAGUGACGGGUCAUUGGUAUGGUUAUGUUACUCCUGAUGAUGUGCCUGUCUUGCUGCAUAAACAUAUCGGACAAGGAGAGAUCGUGGACCAUCUAUGGAGGGGUCAGAUGGGCUUGUCUGAAGAACAGCAGAGGAAAGCCCUGGAGCUUAAACACACGACGAAUGGUGUGACUGAGGACGGUGCCCAUGAGUCCCCUGAAGAAGCUCAAACUGUUGGUGCCACUUGCAAUCCUGCUGCUGCAGGUGGUUGCUGCCAGGGCAAUGGAGGUUUUACAUGCUGCCAAAGUGAGCUGCCAAAGGAAACACAGGCAGCUGAGGAGAACCAUAAGAACUCUGAGAAAGGGACCGACAAAGAAAGUGCUUCUGGCACCAAGAAGGGGCAUAUGAAGAUAUGCUCCAUGCCAACCUGGUUUGAGACAUGGGAAAGGGCUGACACCUAUGCGGCUCUUGGUAUUGUUGCAGCUGCUGCGUCGGUAUUCGUCGCUUUCAGGAUCUACAAGAACCUCAGUUGAGGACCAUGAGGAUCCCAAAGGAGUCCUUAGAACAGGGCUAGGGUUUGUGCACUAAAGACAGUCCACUGUUGUAAAACAGUCUGCUGUGAGAAUAAUAUUCUACUUGUGCAUAGUAAUGCAAGGAUUAGAACUUAAGUAGCUAAUCUGAAGAAAGUGACUGAAGUUGUUUUGGGUAAUGUCCUACUGUGAAACUCUGCUUAAGCUCCAAGUUUUCCAUGCCUUGCCUAUUUGUUUACCUUAGCAAGGUGGUGGCCCUGGUGUUAAACACGAUGAUGUUAUCUUUUGUUUGGAAUUGAGAUGUUAUUCAGCAUGUGGAUGCUUGUUAUUUGGAAA